GAGAGAAUUUUUAUUUUUAGGUGAACUAUCCCUUUAAUAAGCUCUUUCUAAUGUUCUUCCACACCUGUCUAACAUUUUUCACCUGUUGACUUCAGCUACUCGUACGUGUAAACAUUUAUUCAAUAUCCAGAGAGCGAUAUCAUCAACGAAAUAUAAUCAGAACCUAAGCUUUAAUUGUGAGGAUUUCAUGAUCAAUCCAACGUUUUGAAGUUAUUUUGUACUCCUAAUCAACAUUAUGCAGUAAAAAGACCAGCUUUUACCAAUGAGAACACUUCUCGUGCAUGACGUCACCCAUCUCAUCCAAUCAAAUCAUUACCCUUCGUUCUGAUAUUUCUCGUGAUGCUGCAAAGCAACGAUUCGUUGGCGAGGAAAUAAGAUAGCGGCCCUUUGGGUGAGCUACUCUGAAAACCGGAUAAAACUGACAAAAAAUAAAAACAAUGACCAGGGGAAAUCAGCGUGAACUUGCUCGCCAGAAAAAUGCCAAAAAGCAUAUUGACAUGCACAAGGGCAAGAGAAAUGAUGGUUUAUCUGCUGCUGCCAGAAAGCAGAGAGAUGCAGAAAUAAUGCAACAGAAACAAAAGAAAGCCAAUGAGAAAAUGGAACCUACAUCCAAAUAGUCCGAAGACAAAAAGCAAACCUGUUACCAAUGUUCUUUUCUUUCAGAGCAUUUAAUACAGUACUGAUUUUGGUUGAUUGGGCAUUUACUUCACUGUGCACAGGUCUUCCUUUUCUUGAUCAGUAUUUACAAAUGUAAAAACCAAGAAUAACAUCAUCUUGGAACUACAUAAUCUUGUAUUUUAUAUAAACCAUUCCUUUUCUUGAAAUUGCUGAAUAAAGUGUACAUAAAAUCUA